UGCAUCAGUUGGAUCCAAUCAAGUGCCCAGUUCACCCAGUCGUCUAUUUCAAUCUAUACCAGAGUCAAUAUGAAGUUCUUCUCAGUCGUCACCGUGUUUGUGCUCGGUUUGCUGGCUAUUGCCAACGCUUCCCCCUUGUCGCCCGAUCCUGGAAAUGUGAUUAUCAACGGCGACUGCAAGUACUGCAAUGUUCGAGGAGACUAAAAUAUGAUUUUUGGCCUGAAUGUUUUGGAUUUUAUAAGUGAAAUCAGUUCAUAAUGCAAAUGUUAAUAAUGUUGCACUAGAAUUUAACAUAGGUUUUAAAUAAAAUGUAAACAAAAACAAAUUAAAAAAUAAAAAACGCUUUCCUACCUACACAAA